UGGUUUGACUGUGGGCAACCCUGCACAGAGUACCGAGCUGAAGAAAAACCUGCACUGGCGGCUCUGACAGUAGUCUUACGUUUGCGGCUGUGAAGGAAAUCAUCAAUGGCGAAUGAACUUGAAGAACUGAUUGGCUUCCUCUCAUCUCCUUCUCCCCCCAUCAAGAAAGCGGCUGUAGGUAUUCUUCGUGACUAUACGGGGUCCGACGAUGGGCUGCAAUCUCUGGGAAGAUACUCCAGCAUUGUGCUUCCGCCUUUGUCACGCCUGCUCGCUGAAAACAAGGUGGUUUCUGAACCUGCAGCACAAGCACUUGUGAAUUUGUCACAAAAGCCAGAGUUAGCAGGUAAGAUGGUCGAGAUGGGUAUGGUCAAAAUGGCUAUGGAGGUUCUCUAUAAGAAGGAUUGUGAAAUUAUUCAUUUUCUGGUUAUGCUUCUUGUCAAUCUCACACAAUUGGAUGCCGGUGUUGACUCACUGAUUAAGUCGGGUGAUGACAAGAUACAUGGCCUAUAUGUCAUGAAGCUCGUGAGGUCAUUCUGUUCAUCCUCCAGUGAGAAUAAAGGUGAUCCCUUUGAGCAUGUGGCUUCUGUAUUGGUGAACAUUUCAAAAAGAGAAGAAGGGAGGAAACUUCUGCUGGACCCCAAGCGAGGACUUCUGAAGCAGAUUAUUCGGCAGUUUGAUUCAGGAAGCAUGCUGCGAAAGAAAGGGGUCUCCGGAACUAUUCGUAACUGCUGCUUUGAAGCUGAAAAUCAGCUACAAAAUUUGCUUUUAAUUUCAGAGUUUCUAUGGCCAGCUCUCCUACUGCCAGUUGCUGGAAAUAAGAUCUAUACUGAGCAAGACACAUCUAAAAUGCCACUUGAGCUUGCGAGUGCACUUUCCAUUGAGCGUGAACCUGUGACUGAUCCUGAAAUUCGUGUACAAUCAUUGGAAGCUAUUUAUUUACUCGUCUUACAGGAGGCCGGUCGAAGUGCAUUUUGGUCAGUGAAUGGUCCGAGGAUACUACAAGUAGGGUAUGAAGAUGAAGAAGAUCCGAAAGCAAUGGAAGCAUAUGAGCGAGUUGGCUCCUUGCUGAUCCAAGAGGGUAGCUUUGGGGAACCAUCAACGGACAAAUAACAGCCAAAAUCUUGCCGGUUGUGUGGUUUAGUAUAUGGAAACCAUUACGUUUGAUGGAUUUUGGUGGAUAAAUGCCCAGUCUAUUGUCCAGGUAUUGACAAGUAUAGAAGCCCCCACUUGACACAACCUUUCAUAGUGUUGAUUGGAGAAAGGGUAUAUUAAUGCAUAUCAUGAAAUUGAACCAAACCUUGUAUUGUAGGUGUGAUUUGUAGCAUUUUAUGAUUAGGGUAUAGUAAUGCAUACCAUGAACAUGAACCAAUCAACCAAACUUGGUGUUUUUUUUUUUUUUUUAUUUUAUAAAUAUUAUUAAUUUAAUCA